GGGCAGCAUGACCGUGCGGGGCGGCCGCGGCGGCCCCGGCUCCUCUCCGCCGCCUCCCCCUCCUCGGGCUGCCUCGAGCCGGUGAGAGGAGAGAGAAAGCGAGGAGGAGGAGGAGGGGAAGAUGGGGGCCGUCCUGAGGAGCCUCUUGGCCUGCAGCUUCUGCGUCCUCCUGAGAGGGGCCCCCUUGUUGCUUUAUGCAAAUAGACGGGAUUUACGACUAGUGGAUGCUACCAAUGGCAAAGAGAAUGCUACGAUUGUGGUUGGAGGUUUGGAGGAUGCAGCUGCAGUGGACUUCGUUUUUGACCAUGGCUUGAUAUACUGGAGUGAUGUAAGUGAAGAAGCCAUUAAACGAACAGAAUUUAACAAAACCGAGAGUGUACAGAAUGUAGUUGUUUCCGGAUUAUUAUCCCCUGAUGGGCUGGCCUGUGAUUGGUUGGGAGAAAAAUUAUACUGGACAGAUUCUGAAACUAAUAGGAUUGAAGUUUCCAAUUUAGAUGGAACUUUAAGAAAAGUUUUAUUUUGGCAAGAGUUGGAUCAGCCGAGAGCGAUUGCCUUAGAUCCUGCAAAUGGGUUUAUGUAUUGGACUGACUGGGGAGAAGUUCCAAAGAUAGAACGUGCUGGGAUGGAUGGAUCAAGUCGUUACAUCAUAAUAAAUACAGACAUUUACUGGCCAAAUGGAUUGACCUUGGAUUAUGAGGAAGAAAAACUUUAUUGGGCAGAUGCGAAACUUAAUUUUAUUCACAAAUCAAAUCUGGAUGGAACUAAUCGACAGGCAGUGGUUAGAGGUUCCCUUCCACAUCCUUUUGCCUUGACGUUGUUUGAAGACACACUGUACUGGACUGACUGGAACACACAUUCCAUCUUGGCCUGUAAUAAGUACACUGGGGAGGGGUUGCGUGAAGUCCAUUCUAACAUCUUCUCUCCCAUGGACAUACAUGCUUUUAGCCAACAGAGGCAGCCAAAUGCUACAAACCCAUGUGGAAUUGAUAAUGGUGGUUGCUCCCACUUGUGUCUGAUGUCUCCUGUCAAGCCUUUUUAUCAGUGUGCCUGCCCAACUGGAGUGAAACUCCUUGAAAAUGGGAAAACCUGCAAAGAUGGAGCAACUGAAUUAUUGCUUUUAGCCCGAAGGACAGACUUGAGGCGAAUUUCCUUGGAUACACCAGACUUUACAGAUAUUGUUCUACAGCUAGAGGACAUCCGCCAUGCAAUCGCCAUAGACUAUGAUCCUUUGGAAGGAUACAUCUACUGGACUGAUGAUGAAGUGAGAGCUAUACGUCGCUCUUUCAUAGAUGGAUCUGGCAGUCAGUUUGUGGUGACAGCUCAAAUUGCACACCCUGAUGGCAUUGCAGUGGAUUGGGUUGCACGGAACCUUUAUUGGACAGACACAGGCACUGACCGCAUAGAGGUGACAAGGCUUAAUGGAACCAUGAGAAAGAUUUUGAUUUCAGAGGACUUGGAGGAACCCCGAGCUAUAGUCCUGGACCCAAUGGUUGGGUACAUGUAUUGGACGGAUUGGGGAGAAAUUCCCAAAAUUGAGCGAGCGGCUUUGGAUGGGUCUGACCGAGUAGUUUUGGUGAAUACAUCUCUUGGCUGGCCAAAUGGUUUAGCUCUGGAUUAUGACGAAGACAAAAUAUACUGGGGAGAUGCUAAAACAGACAAGAUUGAGGUUAUGAAUGCAGAUGGUACUGGAAGAAGAGUGUUGGUAGAAGACAAGAUUCCUCACAUUUUUGGGUUCACCUUGCUUGGAGACUAUGUCUAUUGGACUGACUGGCAAAGACGUAGUAUCGAACGGGUGCACAAACGAAGUGCUGAAAGAGAAAUCAUCAUAGAUCAGCUGCCUGAUCUCAUGGGCCUAAAAGCCACAAAUGUUCAUCGAAUUAUUGGUUCCAACCCAUGUGCUAAUGAAAAUGGGGGAUGUAGCCAUCUUUGCCUCUACAGACCUCAGGGACUCCGCUGUGCCUGCCCCAUUGGCUUUGAGCUUAUCAGUGACAUGAAGACUUGCAUCGUUCCAGAAGCUUUCCUCUUGUUUUCUCGGAGAGCAGACAUAAGGCGCAUCUCUUUGGAAACAAACAAUAACAAUGUGGCCAUCCCUCUUACUGGUGUGAAAGAAGCUUCUGCUUUAGAUUUUGAUGUAACAGAUAAUCGUAUUUACUGGACUGAUAUUUCUCUGAAGACGAUCAGCAGAGCAUUUAUGAAUGGCAGUUCACUGGAGCAUGUGGUGGAAUUUGGCUUGGAUUAUCCAGAAGGCAUGGCUGUAGACUGGCUAGGAAAGAAUUUAUACUGGGCAGACACUGGAACAAAUCGUAUCGAAGUAUCGAAGCUGGAUGGGCAGCAUCGUCAGGUUCUGGUGUGGAAAGACCUAGAUAGCCCCAGAGCUCUUGCAUUAGACCCUGCUGAAGGGUUUAUGUAUUGGACUGAGUGGGGUGGAAAGCCCAAGAUAGAUAGAGCUGCCAUGGAUGGAAGUGAACGUACUACGUUAGUUCCAAAUGUAGGACGGGCAAAUGGCUUAACCAUUGAUUAUGCUAAAAGAAGACUCUACUGGACAGACCUAGAUACCAACUUAAUUGAAUCUUCAAAUAUGCUAGGCCUGAACCGUGAAGUUAUAGCAGAUGACUUGCCUCAUCCUUUUGGCUUGACUCAGUACCAGGAUUACAUAUACUGGACAGACUGGAGCCGACGUAGCAUCGAACGUGCCAAUAAAACCAGUGGCCAAAACCGAACCAUCAUACAGGGUCAUUUGGAUUACGUGAUGGACAUCCUAGUCUUUCACUCCUCUCGGCAGGCAGGAUGGAAUGAAUGUGCUUCCAGCAAUGGGCACUGUUCCCAUCUCUGCUUGGCUGUGCCAGUUGGUGGUUUUGUUUGUGGAUGUCCAGCCCACUACUCACUGAAUACUGACAACAGGACUUGCAGUGCUCCUACCACCUUCCUGCUCUUCAGUCAGAAGAAUGCCAUCAACCGUAUGGUAAUUGAUGAGCAACAGAGUCCUGAUAUAAUCCUCCCUAUCCACAGCCUACGGAAUGUCCGAGCCAUUGACUAUGACCCUUUGGACAAACAACUUUAUUGGAUCGACUCACGACAAAACAUGAUCCGAAAGGCACAGGAAGAUGGUAGCCAGGGUCUUACUGUGGUUGUGAGCUCAGUUCCCAAUCAGAAUCUGGACAUGCAGCCCUAUGACCUCAGCAUUGACAUUUAUAGCCGUUACAUCUACUGGACUUGUGAGGCCACUAAUGUCAUUAAUGUAACAAGGCUGGAUGGGAGACCUGUUGGAGUGGUACUCAAAGGAGAGCAAGACCGACCUCGAGCCAUCAUGGUAAACCCAGAGAAAGGGUAUAUGUAUUUUACCAAUCUUCAAGAAAGGUCUCCAAAAAUUGAGAGGGCUGCUUUGGACGGGACAGAAAGAGAGGUCCUCUUUUUCAGUGGCUUAAGUAAACCUAUAGCUUUAGCCCUUGACAGCCGCUUGGGUAAACUGUUUUGGGCUGAUUCAGAUCUCCGGCGAAUUGAAAGUAGUGAUCUCUCAGGUGCCAAUCGUAUAGUUUUAGAAGACUCCAAUAUCUUGCAGCCUGUGGGACUGACUGUGUUUGAAAACUGGCUGUAUUGGAUUGAUAGGCAACAGCAAAUGAUUGAAAAAAUUGACAUGACUGGUCGUGAAGGACGGACCAAAGUCCAGGCUCGAAUUGCCCAACUCAGUGACAUUCAUGCUGUAAAGGAGCUAAACCUUUUGGAAUAUAGACAGCAUCCAUGUUCUCAGGAUAAUGGUGGUUGUUCACAUAUUUGUCUUGUGAAAGGAGAUGGUACAACAAGGUGCUCUUGUCCAAUGCAUCUGGUCCUACUUCAGGAUGAACUGUCUUGUGGAGAGCCUCCAACAUGCUCCCCUCAGCAGUUUACAUGUUUCACGGGAGAGAUUGACUGUAUCCCUGUGGCUUGGAGAUGUGAUGGAUUCACUGAAUGUGAAGACCACAGUGAUGAGCUAAAUUGUCCUGUCUGCUCAGAGUCCCAGUUUCAGUGUGCUAGUGGGCAGUGCAUUGAUGGUGUCCUUCGAUGCAAUGGAGAUGCAAAUUGCCAAGACAAGUCAGAUGAGAAGAACUGUGAAGUGCUUUGUUUAAUUGAUCAGUUCCGUUGUACCAAUGGACAGUGCAUUGGAAAGCACAAGAAAUGUGAUAAUAAUGUGGACUGCAGUGACAAGUCAGAUGAAAUAGAUUGUUAUCCAACUGAGGAGCCAACCCCGCAGGCCACCAAUACAGUUGGCUCAGUGAUUGGAGUGAUCCUCACCAUUUUUGUGUUUGGAGCCAUGUACUUUAUCUGUCAGAGGGUGUUCUGUCCACGAAUGAAGGGAGAUGGGGAGACCAUGACAAAUGACUAUGUAGUCCAUGGGCCAGCAUCUGUGCCCCUCGGUUAUGUGCCUCAUCCUAGUUCUCUGUCAGGUUCUCUGCCAGGGAUGUCCCGGGGCAAAUCAAUGAUCAGUUCCCUCAGUAUCAUGGGUGGAAGCAGUGGACCACCUUAUGACAGGGCCCAUGUGACUGGAGCAUCAUCUAGUAGUUCUUCAAGCACAAAGGGCACCUACUUCCCUGGGAUUUUGAACCCUCCGCCAUCCCCAGCCACAGAGCGUUCACAUUACACCAUGGAAUUUGGCUAUUCUUCCAACAGUCCUUCUACUCAUAGAUCUUACAGCUACAGACCGUACAGUUACCGUCACUUUGCACCACCCACCACCCCAUGCAGCACUGAUGUCUGCGACAGCGAUUAUGCUCCAAGCCGGAGAAUAACCACAGCGGCGGCGGCCAAGGGCUACACCAGUGACUUAAACUAUGACUCUGAGCCUGUGCCCCCACCUCCUACUCCACGAAGCCAGUAUCUGUCAGCCGAAGAAAACUAUGAAAGUUGCCCCCCUUCCCCUUACACAGAGAGGAGCUACUCUCAUCACCUCUACCCACCUCCACCGUCCCCCUGUACAGACUCCUCCUGAGGAGGGCCCCCCCCUCCUCUAACUGCCUCCAGUGUAAAGUGUAAAUACAAAUCGGUUGAGAUCUGGAGGGGGGGAGGGAGCUAGCAGAGAAAGGUGAGGCAGACCGUGUACAGAUAAGAGUUUUAAAUGGGGUGGGGAAUACUGGAGAUAUUUGUACAGAAGAAGAGGAUAUUUAUAUAUUUUCUUAACAGCAAAGUUGCUGCUUGUGCCAUAAAAAAAUUUGUAUAAAAUAAAUUUGUACUAAAAAUUUUUAUUUUUACAAACUGAACACACAAAACAUGCCUUAAACCCAGGGAAGUGACUGUGAAUAUACAUAGGAAAUAGAAAAACAAAGGUGAAUCACUGUCUAGUAAGAUGUGGGCUUUGUUGAUACCAAAAAGAGGAAAAAAGGUCCAUGACCAUCUCAGAGCAGCAAACCGUAGGUACUUUGAAGUUGCUUAUGAUCCUUCAUGUUAACUAUGGGGGGUCGGCAGCUAAAGUUUAAAUAUGGGGUAGGAGAAAGAAAAGUUACUAACAAAGGGCUUUGUUUCCUAUAGGAAAUACAGUGAUUUUAUCAAUGAAAAUAUAUAUAUACUUUUAAAAUAGUCCAUUUUAUGAUGGUUUCUUUUGGGAAGAGUACAUCAGUUGUCCAGUAUCAUGUCACAGAGUUGUGUGUGUGUUAAUUUAUCACACACACACACGCAUGCACACACGCACUGCGCCCCUUCCCCUCCCCCCCAUCUCUACCCUGGAACUCCCCCUCUGUUUGAAAUUCAUAUUCCCCUUAGGCCGUCUGUCCUACCUCCUUUCCUGAGCAGUCAGUCCUAUGGAUUGCUUUAGCCAAGACACCAUGAUUUUUUAAAAAAAAUUUUUCCAACUAGCAAUAGAGGAAUUUUCUAAUUGGAAUAUGUUUUGUAAUCGUUCCACUUCCCAGUAGGCUCAGUUCUCCAACGUGACUCUUUCUUCUGCAGAAUGUUCACAAGUUAAACACUUCAUUAUCCAUUUCCCUUCCCACGAUAUCUUUCCUUCAGUGCUCACAGAUAUGUCAAUGUUCUCUAUGACAUAUGAUAUAGACAGUGUUUAUGAAUUAUAAAUUUAUUGUAAAUGAAUCAUAUAUCCUUGCAGUACUUUCAGUGUAUAUCACAAUAUAAAUCAUUUUAUAUAAAUAUAUAUAUUUUCUGAAUACAAAGCAUUUAAACAAACUAUUGGAGACAAUCUAUUAAAAUAAUGAGCUCAUUGGAAGGGUUUUCCCAUCUCUAUAUUAACUCUGUUCUUCCAUGUUCAGUAAGCCAGUUUUCUUAGCAUGACUUUUACAUACCUCUCCUUGUGUGGCAUGAGUUUAAUACUUUAGUGUUUUCCACUGUGAAUAUUAGGGUUAUUGUUGUUGUUUUUUCCAGAUUAUCCGUAACCAAAUUAUUCUUAAUUCACUUCAUGUUUAUUUUAAAAAUACGUUCUCUCUCCAAACUCGUUUUGAUUGAAAUGGCUGGUGUUUAGUCAUUUAAACAAGAAAUCUGUUUGGACUGAAGGGGAAGGUGAACUCUUUGUUGACUCUUUAGCUGCCAGAACAGAGGUGGAAGGGAAAAAGAAAAAUCCUUUAUAUUCAGUCUGCCAAGGUAUUGAGACUGCUGCAUCCUGAGUCAUCAGGGACAAGAUACGGUAUGAUCUCAGCACUGCCACCUUACAUGUUUCCAGUUCCUGCUAAAAAUGAAUAGAAAAAUAGCAUGUUUUCAUUUAGACUUGCAGAGUUUUAUGACGUUAUCUAAUUUUGCUGCUGUGAAAGCAUGGUUCAAAUUUCUCUGGGUUCCAUUGCCCAAGGGAAAAGAACGUAAGCUGUUCAAUAUUUUUAGCAGGAGUGAAGUAACUUUUUUUUUAAGUAAUUGAAAAUAGGUAAUUAGAUAAUAAAAAAAAUGUUAUUUCUAAAUCGUCCUCAGAUUAUUGAAAGCAAAGAACAGGUCUUAGUACUAUAUUUCGCAUAAGUGAUAGUCUGUCAGUUGUCUUACAGUUCAUUCAGGCAGGUGAUGACCCUUCUUAGCAAUGUAAAAAGCAAGUAUGAUCCUAAGGUAGGAUGGACAUUGAAGGUGUAUUGUGUGAUAUACAAGGGGAACAUGAUCCUUAUGAAAAGAAUAAGGUGAUCUAUAGCUGGGUGUCAAUCAGAAUUUGAGGAUUCUACAUGUUUACAUUUUUUUUAAUAUGCAGCUUUACCAUGUGGGGUUCCUGUGUGGGCAUUUGCACUAUAUGAACUAAGAAGACUGUUGCCUUGUUAGAUCUCAGUUCAGGUAUUUGUACCAUGAUGGCAAUGGUCUCUUCUUGCAAAAUACUAAUUUGUGUGCCAAUUUUUAUUGGAAAAUCAUUUGAAGGUGAUUCAGCUUAGUUUCAGUAUCCUCUUUCUUCCUUAAAAGUUUCUGGAAGUAUUUUUUGGGUAGGGCAGAAUAGGUAAAUUUCUGUAAGUAUUGUUAGCUUUCAGCCUAGUUGGACAGUUAAGCCUAAGUGAACUGCACAUCAGUUACUGAACAUUUAUUUGACCAUGAAUGACAAUGAGUGGAGGCUUAGUUGGAAAGAAAGAGAAAUGGACACAUGAGAAGUCAAAUUUGCUAAAUCUGAGAAGGGUUUGUUUAAUUUUGAAUCAAGAUCUAUAUUUUGAAGUAAGAUUUCUAGGUGGAACAGGAAUAAAAUUCAUUUUAUUUUGCAUUAACAGAGUAGUAUUAAAGUAUUUUGUGUUGUUGGGUUUUUUUUUUCCCCUCACAUCACGAAGUACGCCUUUCCUGUGUGUUGGAUAGCAGCAUAAUGUGUUGGAAAUAGCACUGGACUGGGAAUCAGUAGACCAGGGUUCUUGUUUUAGUGACUUCUAAGGUGCCUUUUAAAGUCUAUGAUUCUUUGAUUAUACAAUUUAUAUAACACAGCUUGUGUGCAAAAAUGCAGCUAAGAAGUAGUGGAUGGAGAGGUGGGCUUGGAGGUAAGCAGCCCUGGGGUCAAGGGUUACCUCUGACAUAUGGUGGCUGUGUCAUCCUGUGUGGGUCACUUUACCUCUCAAUACUAGAGACAACUCUGAAACUGUAACUUCUAGAUAAAGUUGCUGACCUGCAUUGGUGAAGGGAAUUUCCUCACCCAGGCAUUUCUGUGACAGUGAAAUCUUGUCUCUAUCCUUACCUUGUGUGAACAGGAAGCUAUGGCUUUACCCUGGAUAUGCAGAGUUCUCUGCACAGGAAAAUGACGUUUAGAAUAUUUACUUAGCUCAGACCAGUUUAUAAAGACUAUUUUGGGGAUGGUUGAGAGGAAAAUUUUUAAGAUGGUUUAAGUUUGACUUUCACCAUUUUGCAAAAUCCCAAGGUUGGAGAAUUAAGUUGUAGUUAAAGCCAGUCAUAGUGCCUAAAACAUAAUAUGCCCAUUAUCAAUGUUGUAUUCUGGAUUCUUACAUUUGUAUAGCACUUUAUGAUUAACAAAGUGCUUUCUCACAUGCUUGUCCCUUUGAAGUAGGCAUUUUACAAAUGAGUAAACAUAGAGGCUUUAAGUGACUUGCCAAAGGAGACAUAGUAAAUCAAAAGCCAGGUCUUCUGGCUCAAAAUCCAGUGCACUUUCUACUAUGUGACUUUUGUGGCAUUUUUCUGUUUUCAUUCUAAUUGUUAAAAAAAAAUUGAAAAACAGUGUCAACUUAUAGUAUUUGUUCUGCCUGCUAAUGAAACUUCUGAGUCUUCAUGUGGUAUUCCUGGCGCUAGAGGCUUGCCCAAAGAGAUCCUGGCUCUCACAGAUGCCACUAACUUGUUAAAAAUGGUUACAAGCAUCAAUUGUCAAAGCACAGAUCUGAUGUUUCUAUUUAAGAAUUUGAGAUUUCCAUACAUUUCAGACAGCCUUCCCAAAUUGGAAGGCCUUUCAAUUGGCCUUACUGUAAUGGCUUUACUAGGGCCUUUUUAGUCCUUACGGCCUUGUAAAUAAGCAAGGAUGAUACACUUGAAUGGAGCACAGAGCUAAUAAAACCAGGCAAUAAUUAUAUGAGAAUUCAAAAAGUGCCUGUAUUAGGCAUUUGAGGUAUAGAUACCCUCAGGGAAUUUAGAGUCAAGGGGUUAUAAAACACUAUUAUAAAACUUCUUAUUCUUGGGAAGAAAUUAUAUUUCUUUCCAAACCUCUAACCCCAAAGUGACCCUAGUCUUCCUUAUGUUCACUAAUAUACUGUUCAUUGCUCCUGCAAGGAAUAACACUAACAUGUGUCUCGUUAGUGACUUCUCUGAUAGCGUUUAUAGAAGAAUGUUCAAAAUUUGUCAUUUUCUUUUAAAUGAGCACAAAAUGAUAGUUUUGUAAAUUGAUGUUUGACUAAAAGCUUAAUGAACUAAUAGGGAACUACAUUUAGCUAAAUAACAUUCUAGAGACAUUAGCCUUGGAUCAUAAAUAAACUAGGUUUAGAACUGGAGGGAAGCGGAAGAUUCCUCUAUUAAGCCAAGUAACUUGAAAGUAAAUGAUUGCUCUAGAUGUCCUAAGCAAAAUAGAAGGUUCAGAUACUUCUUAGUGUAUUAUUCAUUUGGCAUGGGAGUAAAUGAUCAAAUAAGUUCAAAAUUAGGCCAAUCUUUUAUUAAGUAAUGAAUAAUUUCCUUUUGCGUCAAAGGCAGCAUAGACAAAAAAGUUUUGCCAGGUGCCCAAAGUUAAUUGCUGACCUAAGUAGAUUAUAUUCUUGAUAUUUUCACAGCAUAAUUAUUUUUAUAAUGACACCAAAGAAUUAGACAGUACACAUUUGCUUAACUGUCCAUGCUUCAUUUUAGUCCAAAGGUUGUGAUUUUAAAAAUAAAAAAUUUAAUUCUGGUAUCCUAUUAAGAAAUACAUAUUGAAAACAAAACAAUGAAGGCCGAUUCCUAAGUCCAUUGUAACAUGGUUAAAUUGUUUGGGUUAUUAGGGAAAAUAUAAAUACUUUUAUAAAGAGGAUACCAAGAAGCUUAAGCUGGACUAGCCUUGUUUGCAAAUGAAGGAUUUGGUGCUGCUUUCAGAUGUUUAUCCUUUGUGUUUUUGUUUUGUUUUUUCAUUUUUCUUGAGCUUUAAUCUUUGUCAUUGUCUUAAAGUCAGCUGGUAUUUCUUGUUCAUCGACUUUGGUACGAUGGUGCUUUGCAAGGAUGUAUUUAUAAUAUAAUGACCAACAUUUGGUCAGCCCCUAUCCACCUGUUCACUUACACACACACACACACACACGCACACACACACACACACACACGCACGCGCACACACACUCACAUGCAUGCACUCACACGCACACACGCCCCUCCCUUUUUUUUGUAAAAUAAAUGCUUUACUUGUAAACUGUAUAAAAACAGACACCUUGUAUAAAUCCCCUUUUUGAUUAUUACAAUAAGCUGAGUUGUAACAAAUGAAAUGUUGAUUUUUAUAAUAAAACAGAGUGGAAAAAUAUGUGCUUGAAGUAAGAAAAUAAAA